AUGAACAACAUUGAUAGUGAUUUUAGCUUAGUCGAUUUAGAAAAAAAGAUUCUUACGUUAUGCCAAAGCCAUCCUAAAGGACUGACGGAUAGCAUUCUGCAAGAUGAAAUGCCCAAUGUCAAUGUUGAACAAAGAGUUUCAGCAUUAAAUCGAUUGCUAUCAGCUGGCAACUUGGAUUUGUUUAAAUCUGAUUCUCAGCUAAUCUAUAAACUUAAAGAUCCGGAUCUUGUAAGCAAAAAUGCAAUAUGUGAAAAUACACAGGAGAAAUUAGUAUACCAAGUUAUUGGAGAUGCUGGCAAUAAAGGAAUAUGGAGCCGGGAUAUUAGAUUAAAAUGCAACUUGCAAAUGACACAGCUAAAUAAAAUCCUAAGAAAUUUGGAAAGCAAGAAAUUAAUUAAAGCGGUCAAAUCAGUUACGGCUUCUAAGAAGAAAUUAUAUAUGUUAUUCAAUCUUGACCCCGAUAUUUCAGUAACGGGUGGGGCUUGGUAUAGCGAUCAAGACUUUGAAUCUGAAUUUGUGGAAGUACUAAAUCAGCAAUGUUACAGAUGUUUAGUACAAAAGGUAGAAGAGUCACUAAACCUAUGUGUAAAUCAACCUCGAAUUAGUCUUAAUAAUUCUUUCGCCUCAUCAGAAGAAGUUUGGAAAAUUAUAACGAAUCUAAAAAUAAGCAAAGUCACUCUCACAGUUACAGAUAUCGAAACCAUAUUAAACACCUUAAUUUAUGAUGGUAAAGCUGAGAUGAAAAUAGAAAGUGACCCUGAUGGCCAAGAAUUCAAGCUUUAUCGUGCUGUUAAACCUAUAAUUGACGCAAGUGGUCUAGAAAAGACGCCUUGUGGUAUUUGCCCAGUUAUAGACCAGUGUUAUGAAAAUGGAGCAAUUUCUCCUGCUACGUGUAUUUAUAUGAAGGAAUGGCUUGAAUCCUAA